AUGGACUCGACUGCGUACGAGCUGCUACCGCUGGGCUCCAAACCAACCCGGUCCGAGCUGACGACCGUUGCGACAUACAGUCCGCUCCACCACUCGGAUUCGGCCUCUGCCUUCCUGAUCGACAGCGACGACGAUGGCAUCGACGAUGUCGACCCUGAACGCACCUCCAAGUCCAGCCAUGGGCAACCAGACCACCACCGCCACGGCCAGUCCUUUGACUACACUCGCUCGGUCGUUCCGCAGACAGACGACCCCUCCGUCCCUGCGCUGACCGUUCGGGCGGUGUUCUUGGGUCUGUUUUGGUCGGUGCUGCUCUGUGGUAUGAACGGGAUCCUCAUGUUCCGAACAAACGCCAUAACGCUGAGUAACUAUGUCGGAAUCCUUCUCUCCUAUCCCAUGGGAUUGGCGUUGGCAAAGGUCCUGCCAUCCGUGACCUUCAAGAUCUGUGGAUACCCGAUCCCACUCAACCCAGGGCCAUUCUCGAUCAAGGAGCACGCCCUCAUCUACGUCAUGACGGCCUCGGCAGCCCUUCCGUACGGCAUCGAUAACGUUGUGGUGCAAAAGGGCAAGCUGUGGAUGAACAACGAGCAGCUGGGCCUCACGGAGUGCUUCCUGUUUGUCUUUGCAACGCAGUUUGUGGGCAUCGGCCUGGCCGGACUCGGGAGGACGCUGCUCGUCAAGCCCACAGACAUGUUCUGGCCAUCCAACCUAUCAAUCGUGGCCCUGUUCACGUCCUUUCACCAUCAAGAUGACUUUGGCCAAAAGUUCCUCAACGUACGAGUCCAAUCGGGAUUGACUCGGUAUCAGUUCUUCUGGGCAGCAUUUGCGUGCAUGUUUGCGUAUACAUGGAUACCCGAGUACUUUGCCCAGACACUGCAGAUGAUCUCGGUUCUCUGCCUGUUUGGAGCGGGCAAAGGCAGCGUGCUGAAUACCCUGGGCUCCGGGGGCUACUCCGAAGGCGUUGGAAUGAUGACACUUUCUCUGGAUUGGAACUACAUCGGCACCCUGAUUCAGCCGCUUUGGGCGACGCUAUCGACGGUCGGUGCAAACGUGAUCUGGAGCUGGGUUAUCGCUCCACUCGUAUACUACACCAAUGCUUGGCAUGCCAUGGAGAUUGGCGGAUGUCAUCGCACCAACGGGACGACCGGCUGUGGCAUCUUCAACUCCCCCAGCCUCUUCAACGGAACCGACUUUCGCAAGAUCAAUGUCCUGGACUUAUACGAUCCCACGACCUUUGAUCUGAAUCUGGAAGUGUACGAGCGCUCUGAGCCUAUCUACAUUACAUCGACAUUCGCGGUCGGAUACGGGGCUUCGUUCAUGUCGAUUGCCGCCGUUCUGUCGCAUGUCUAUCUGUGGUACAGCGAAGAUGUGUUCCAGAACCUGCGGGUGGCACUCUCGGGACGAUCCAAGGCCCACCAUCGCGACAUCCACAACCAGCUCAUGGAGCAGUACGACGAGGUGCCGGACUGGAUCUACUUUGCGUUUUUUGCGGUCUGCUCCCUGCUGAUGAUCUACAUUGGCGCGACGACAUCGUUCGAGAUCCCCUGGUGGGCGGUGCUUCUGGCGAUCUUCAUGGGAAUUGUCUUUCUCAUCCCCGUGGGAACGAUCCAAGCCGUCUCGGGAAUCCAAAUCGGCCUGAACGUGAUCACCGAGUUUGUGAUCGGCCUCCUGAUCCCGGGCAAGACCAUCGCGGUGAUGGCGUUCAAGUCUCUUGGAUUCAAUACCCUUGUGCAGGCGUGCUCAUUGCUGUCGGAUCUCAAGCUGGGCCACUACCUGCACAUUGCGCCGACCUCGAUGUUUGCAGCCCAGUGCCUCGGCUCGCUGGUGUCGGUGUUCGUGGGCACAGGCUUCUCAUGGCUGGUGCUGGAGCACUUCAGCCAGCUGGGCAAAGGCGACUGGAGAGGCACGCAGUACUAUAUCUUUUACAGCGCCGGCAGUAUCUGGGGCGCAAUCGGGCCCCGACGGUUCUUUGGCUUUGGCUCGGUAUACUCUGCGCUGCUUUGGUGCUUUCCCGCCGGCCUACUGCUGCCGUUUGUCCCGUAUCUGAUCCACCGAUACUGGCACCGCAACCCUUUCUGGUCCAACAUCAACGUGCCGAUCCUCUGCAACAUGGACGGCGUCGGCGGAAACCAGGUCGGGGUGCUGAGUCCCAUGCUGACUGCGUUGGUAUUCCAGCACUACUGCUUCCGAUACUGCUUCGAGUGGUGGAAAAAGUACAACUACAUCCUGGCGGCGGCCCUGGACUCUGGGUUGGCCUCGGCACUUUUGGUUAUAGCAGUGCUGCACAAUGUCCUGGGGGUGCAAGGGCCUGUGUGGGUGCUGAACCCAGACACCUACAACGGCACCCAAAUCGACUACUAUUGCGGCGGCUGA